AUGAAAAAUAUUACACAAUAUUUUGAAGAUACUGUACAAUCCAAUAAUAGCAUAACCAUACACUCUAGCGAUGAUACAAAAAAGGAAACGAAGUACAAGGAAGAUUCUAAACAAAAGCGUAGUCAUAAAAAAGUUAAAUUAUCUCAAACGAAUGUAAAAGAAAAGUUAUGUGAUAUUGUAGAAAAAAACGGUGAUAUGAUUAAUAAAACACUUAGUACACUUGCUAAAGUAAACAACGGGAAUUCAAACGAAACAUAUAUAAAAUCUUUUUCAAGAGGUCUUCGAACGAAUUUUAAACGCAAUAAAUUUAUACAUCAAUCCUUAGAUCAUUUAGACUUAGAAACAAAUGAUUUCAAUGUUAAAAAUAAAAAGAGAAGUGAAAAGGAUAAUUUAAAAAUUUGUUUAAGCAAUGAUGAAAGGUAUAAAAAAGAAUUAAGUAAAAAAACAAAUAUUAAUAAAAAUGUAAGCAUAAAUAAUACAUUGGAAAAUAAAGAAAUGAUUGAUAGUAUAGAGUUAAUAGAUAUUGAUUCUAAUGAUAAAAUUGAAAAUAUCCGUGAAGAAUCAAAUGCUUUUCAAAUUCUUAUGAGUCGCAACAAAACAGGUCAAUGUAUUUCGCCAAUAAAACUUCCUCAAAAAGAAGAAAUAAAUAUAAAAAAAUCAGAAGAAUGUAAAGAAAAAUUAAAACACUCUAAAGAAAAACUAGUAGCUUUAGCUGAUAAGAAAGGAUAUUCUAAAAGAAAACUUAUAGAAAUGGAAGAAGGAGAAAAAAUAGAACAAAUGAUACAAAAUCGUAUCAAAUUUUUUAAAGGAGAAGAUAAGAAAGAUAAUAGUAUAAGUACAACUGUCCUAAAUCAUAAACAACCAGCUGGUAGUUUACUAAAUUACUUCAGCAAAACUCCAGGAGAUUUAAUACAUACAAAUAUGGCAAACAUGUCUACUAUUGUAGUAAAAGCUGAUGUACAUAUGACAGAAAACUCCAUUAAACAUGAAUUAUAUAAAACAAAUUCAAGUAAUAAAAUACAACCAAGUAAGAAAAAUAAAAAAUCAGAAUUCUCACAAAUAGAUGACAUUAGAAUCAUAGAAUCUGAAAAUAUUAAUAUUUUGAAUAACAAAAAGAAGCUUCAAGAUGAACAGCAACAUAACAAACAUAGAUGGUCAUUACGAAUUAAACUUCAAACUUAUGAAGAUGAAAAUGCUUCACUAGGUGAAAGCAGUGAUGAUGAAUUGUUCUCACCAAGUACCAAUAAAUUAAAUAUAGAAAGUUAUGAAAAAUUUAAAGCAAUAAAAAAUGUGGAUGUAGAAAAUUUAUCAAUAAAAAAUAACAGUAAAAGAGGAAUAUCAAAGCAAGUGAAUGAAUGCACAAAGUCAAAAUUAAUAUCAGAAAGUUCAAAACAUAAUGAUGCAAUACAUGAUAGCAAAUAUUUAAAAAAUAAACUUGAAAAUAAAAAAAAAUUAAUCAGAUUAAAUCAACAUGAAUCAGCUUUAAUAGAAAAUAAAAAUUUAAAUAAUUAUAAUAAUACUAACAUAGAAAAUAUUACAAGAAAUAAACAAAAUCAAGAAGACUGUAUAAUUAUUCAUGACAAUAGCUUAGAAAGAAAGACAAUUGAUAAAUUAGCUCCUUUGUUUACCAAACGAAAAAAACCAGAUCCGAAUGUAAUUGCGGCACGACGAUUAUUUUUACAACCUGAUAUAACAGAUAAUAAUAAUAAAAAUGCAAAUCGAAAAGUAAAUGUUUAUGGUAUACUACCAUUUUCACUUAUUAGUCAUGUUACACAAUCAAGCAAUCUGUUUUCAAAUGAAACUGACAUUUUUAAUAUUCCAAAAGAAAUUUGUAAUGAUUAUAAUCCAAUUAUAGAUGUAAACAAUUUUAAACAUUUAAUAGAUCUUUCUAAAAAAAAGUUUAAAGCAUUAGGAAAAGUUAAUAAACCGAAGAUUCAAGAAGUAUUAAUGGAUAUAGAAAAACAUUGUUCAAAUGUAAAAGAUAUGUGGAGUGUCAUUUCACUUAUUGUUAAGGAACAACCUAAUAAAAUAAUACUUACUAAAACAAGAAGUAAAAAAAAUAAACAAUCAGAGAAAAAAGAAGGAAUAGAAGAUUCGUUUGAAUGCUGUAGUUGGACUUAUAAAUAUAGACCAAAAAGUUCUCAAGAAAUAGUGGGAAAUGAAGAAGCAGUAGCAAAAUUAAAAGAAUGGUUACUUGGAUGGAAAGCAAUAUUUACAAAUGAGGAUGUUAGUAGUGGAGAUGAAUUUUAUUCGUCUGAUAGUAGUUCUUCAAAAAUGAUUGAAAAUAAUCAAGUAGCUGUAUUAUUAGGACCACAUGGAUGUGGUAAAACUGCGAGCGUAUAUGCAGUAGCAAACGAAUUCGGUUAUACUGUAUUAGAAUUGAAUGCAUCAUCUAGAAGAACUGGGAAAAAGCUUUUAAAAGAAUUAAAAGAAGCAACUAAGUCACAUCGAAUUAAAAAAGACGAGAAAACAUCUGCUUUCUGUAAUUUAGCUUCAGAUGAAAUUAUACUAAAGGAAAUUCCACAAAAUUCUCUCAUUCUUAUAGAAGAUGUUGAUAUUAUAUUUGAAGAAGAUGAGGGUUUUAUUUCUGCUACAUAUCAAUUAGCAACAAACACAAAGCGUCCAAUUGUUAUGACAUGUAGAGACAUUUGCCCUCAUUUAAAUAAAAUGGCACCUCAACAAAACAGAAUUUAUUUCAAAAAUGCUGAUAGUAAUAGAGUUUCUGCUUUAAUAGAAUUAAUUUCACUAGCAGAAACUGGUUAUAGACUUUCUUCUAAUUGCAUAACAGAACUGUUGCAAAGUGGUGAUAUGCGAAAAGCUAUAUUACAAUUACAAUAUUUAUUGUUAUCUGGUCCACCACAAAUAAUAGAACAAACCAUAAAUUUUAAAAAUUCAUUUUGGCAAAACAUACGGCAUUAUGUAUACAAGCCAGCAAUUAAAGUAAGUAAGAAAUGGAAGAAAACUACAAAUAAAAAAGUAAUGGAUGAUAAAAAUAUAUUAAUUGAUGUAGCUACUAAAUUAGAUAAUAUAGCUUUAUUAUCAUCUUUAAUUGACAUAGAAGAUUCUGCAUUAAAUUUAUGCCAAAUAAAAACACAACCCAAUUUAUCGUUGAUUGAAAAUACUGCUCCAUAUUCAGCUUCUACUGAUAUGUGUCUAGACAUAGCUGAAUGGAUAGGUAAUAAAAUUAUAUACAAAGAUCAGUUAAAUGACUAUGAUGGAACACAGCACCAAAAUAAUAUUAUGUUAAAAAAACAGUUAAAUGAAGGAUUAAAUUUAGCCUUAUCACAAACCACAUCAUUAUUACUUGAUCGUCAAAUUAUAGCUACAGAUUAUCUACCAUCUAUAAGAACAAUAUGUAGAGCAGAAGAAUUGAGAGCUAAUACAAAUAAUAAAAGAGGAAAUCGAUUCUUUCAUUAUCUUCAUAAUUUAAAAACACCAUCUACAUUAUUCAAACCUAAUAUUUUAGCAGCAGCAUGCAAAAUAAUGUAUGAUAAGGUCGACAAUGACAUGCGUAUUGAGAAAAAUAAUACCAGUUUUAUAUAA